GUAUGCCAAGUCGCACCCUAUUGUCUGCAAUUACAGCAAUCAAAUCGGUGCGGUUCUGACUCGGUUGGAGCCGCACCAAUUUCUAAUGUAGUACAUGCAUUACUUUUGGCGCGAUUUACAAAGACAUCUGUGUCAGAGGUCUUGCAAAUCACACCUGAAAUCGGCAUCUCACCCUACUUUGAAAUCGCGCGACUUCACAGUAAGUCGCACGACUUCACAGUCAGGCUUGAUGUGACCAGGGGGGUAAUACUCACCUGAGCCUGUGAUAUGCACAGGAGCAGCAGCUCUCACGGGUCUUUC